AUGGCUUCUCCAAGGACCCAGGCCACACUGCUUGACAAGCUCUUGUUCAUCCCGCUCAUCGCCAAGGUCCUAUUCGCAGUCGCCUACCGUUUCGUGACCUACGGCUUCGUGGCCACCAAGGCGAACAAGCCGCUGAAAGACCUAGUUUUCGCGGUAAGGCCGCCCCAACUGCGCCCAACACAUCGGCCGUCUUUGACCAAGCACUGACCGUUCAGGCACUACGACAAAAUCUCGCUACCGUCAGCGUAGCCCAAGAGCAGUGGAGCAUCCAAGCGAACACCGAAGCAAACUACCUCGAUCUCGCCGCCAAACACAAGUUCCAGCCCGAGACCACCGUGCUGAACUCAGGUCUGAAGCUGCAUUGGUUGGGCCCCAAGAAUUCUGAGAAGGUCAUCCUGUAUUUUCAUGGAGGUGCGGUCAACUUCUCUGACUGGCUCUCGUGCAACUCGCCAGCGCUGACACUGCACAGGUGGCUAUGCUCUGCCAUGUAGCCCUGGUCACGUCCAGUGGCUGUUUGAUCUUCAGAAGGAACUCUCCAAGAAGACAAGUGUCAGCGUCAUCCUGGUUCACUAUACGCUCACGCCGCAUCUGCAGUAUCCGGGGCAGCUAUCUCAAGCUGUUGAGACGUUGAACUGGGUCCUUGGAAAGCAUGGGAAGAAGCCAAGUCAAGUGAGUUACUUCCUUUGUCCGAGUGUUUAGACGGGUGCUAAACAUCCACACCUUCAUCAUAUCUCCGCUGACGCGGUAUCCGUAGGUUGCCAUUGGAGGCGAUUCCGCAGGAGGCAACUUGACGCUUGGUCUGAUGUCUCACCUCCUGCAUCCUCUACCCGACAUCACAAAGGUAGAGCUCAGCGAGCCACUGGCGACAGCAGUCUUGAUCUCGCCCUGGACCAGUUUUGGGACAGAUGGUGAUAGCUGGAAGCGCAAUGCCACGAGCGACAUGCUUCCGCCCGAGGCAGCUCGUCGCUGGGCUUCUUUGUACUUGGGUGACUCUCCAGCAAACGAGUACAACGAGCCCAUCCGCGCUGACUCUCAAUUCUACUCGGGCCUACCAAAGGUAAGUAAUCGUGUCAGAUGCUGGAGCCCUUGGCUGACCUGACCGUAACCAGAUUGUCGAAAAUCUUCUUGUCUGGGGCGGUGGCGGCGAGGUUCUCAUCGACAGCAUCCAGAAGAGUGCUGCAACGCUCAAGGAAGCACAUCCCAAGACCGAACUGGUUGUUCAGAAAGGAGCUGCACAUGAAGACUUUAUCCUUGAUGUUCUGCUCGGUUAUAAGGAGAAAGGCGAGGGAGCCGUCGUGGUCGAAAAUUGGCUAGCGGAGCGGCUUUGA